AUGACGAGUCUAGGCGUGAAGCAUCAAGAGCUCGCGUUAUUUGACGCUGACGGUCGUCCGACGUCUCCAAUUUCUGUGCAAACUGAAGACAAGAGUGUGCAAGUAUUACGUGGAGGUCUACGUGCUGUAUUACAACCGUUAGGGCUGAGACUACUGCAGAAUGCCGGUGUCAAGCGCAAGGACGCUUUUGUCCUUGUGCUGGAUAAUAAUCGCACGAGUGUCGCCUGUAUCUUGGCGGCUAUGCACUUACAAUGUGUCUGUGCAUUGGUGAGUUCAAGUCGCGUGGCGCUACUGGACCACGUCAAGACGCAGACAGGCAUUACUAAAGUACUUAUUGUGAAUGACACGACCUCCUCCGUGAACGUCCAAGACGUUAUCAAUUCUCAAGCUGCAGGAGACUCUCCGACGGAAUGGACAACAAUUCCAUGGCUAAGAGAGGACAGAGUUGCAAAAAAUGGAUGUGUCUGUUUGCUCACGUCAGGCAGCAUUGGUGACCCCAAAGUUGUGGCGUGUACGUGGGACCACAUGUUGCUACAAGGCGAGUCAACGCAUCAACAGCUUUUCCCCAACGGACCGGCACGUCUUAUUUGUGGGACGUCCAUUUCGCACGCGUUUUCGAUCAACACCAUAUUCGCGCUGUUUACGUCUCCGUACGACGCGCAGUCGAAUCUUUGCUUCGCCUCUAGUGCUGCAGGACUCUACUCGCUGCUCGCUCAGCGCAGUGAGCUCUUUACGGUGUUCUAUGCGACGCCUGGGACGUACACCGCACUAGCCGCAAUACCGCCAACUAUGCUGCAUGUCGACAUUUCUUACUGCGCAGGUACACGUCUCUCACUGCCAUUGUUUUGCAAAAUGAGAGACAAGUACGGACUGCUGUUGAUGCAAAACUACGGCUCGACGGAGAUGGGAGACAUGGCGGCAUGGUGUCUACAUGGGAAGAACUUCGAUGCAGAGCUGAAAAAGAUGGAAAGCAACGAGAAACAGCUCUAUGUCGGCAAUGUGUGGCCUGGUGUGGAGACCUGUACCACAGACAACGGCGAGGUCAUGAUGAAGACUCCGUGGCAGGCAGAAGGGUAUGUAAAGGCAGGCGUGUUGCUCCGCUUUAAUCGGUUGCAUCACACGUUUGAUCUUGGUAUUGUCACGCAAGACAAAAAUGGAGUUGACUGUGUAUGGCUUCAGAAGCGUAUCCGUCCAAAAGUUGAGAUUGCAUGGCGAGGUCAGCGCAUGACGUUCUCGCCCAACAAGAUCGAAACUGUGCUUGUGUCACACCCCAGCGUAUCAGACGUUCUCGUGCUUAUCCAGAGUAAAGCGAACCGCGAAAAAAGCAUCAUCCGAGCUCGAGUUGUUCUAAACGAUGAUGCUACUGUUGAUAUAUCCGAUUUGAAGCAAUGGUGCAUCGAUCACCAUUUGCCAGCAUUGCGAGACACGUUGGUUGUCGAAAUAUCAAAAUUCUUGCCUUGCAGCUCAGCUGGAAAGCUAAUGUAUGCGUGA